AGUUUUGUGCAUCUACAAAUUUGAAAGUAGGUCAGAAAAUACACACUGCUCUGGGAGAGUACAUGUGUUUUGAGUGUGAAAAGACUUUUACUUCAGCGACGUGUACAAAACUGCAUGAGAGGAUCCACACUGUAGAAAAACCUUACAAGUGUUCACACUGUGAGAAGAGGUUCAGUCAGUCAACACAUCUGAAAACACAUGAGAGGAUCCACACUGGAGAGAAACCUUAUAAGUGUCCACAAUGCAAUAAGAGAUAUAGUGAAUCAGGAGACCUAAAAAGACAUGAGAGGAUCCACACUGUAGAGAAACCUUAUAAGUGUUCACAUUGUGAUAAGAUAUUCAAAAAGUCAGGAGACCUGAAAACACAUGAGAGGAUUCACACUAGAGAAAAACCUUAUAAAUGUUCACAUUGUAACAAGAGAUUCAGUCAUUCAGGGCAUCUGAAAACACAUGAGAGGAUCCACACUGGAGAAAAACCUUAUAAAUGUUCACAUUGUAACAAGAGAUUCAGUCAUUCAGGGCAUCUGAAAACACAUGAGAGGAUCCACAAUGGAAAGAAAAGGUAUCACUGCACUGCACGUGGGAAGCAUUUAAUUCAAUCUUCUGCUGUACACAGUCAUACAAAAAACAUUCACAGUGAAGCCCCGUACACAUGGAGGCACAUUUAGCUGUAUACGUAAAAAUUUAUAUCGUAUCCGUGUUUUGUCCAGACAGAUCGGGCAUUUUGUGAGCUUGAAACUGCAAUUUUUUUUUUAAACCAGGUCCCAGAGUGGAUAAAUCUGAAAACGACACCCUUGUGUUUUCAUGUGGACAACCAAUCCGUAUAUUUUGUGAAACGAUGAUGUCAUCACCCCACGUCUUUACCCUAGUCAGCCACCACUAUGUCACAUAACAGCAAAAACAACAACAAUGGUGGACUACAUGCUUGUGUUCUUUCUGCAGAAGCUACUGAGCCUAUUAGCUUUGCUAAUUUUAUUAGCCUUUCUUGUUGUUAUGUUGGGUUCGUAUACAGUGUGCAAGGUUUAUGUGCAUGCUCCAAGUCAUCUUCUCUGUUUUUAGUGCAUCUCUGUGGCAGAAUUACAGCGCCACAUACUGGUCUGUCAUGAAUGCUACAUCAUUUUGAGUCUGUUUCAGUGGUUUUGUGUGUACGCACAUAUUUCUUGAGACAACGCUGUGUUUACGAAAGAACAAGAAAAUUAAAGAUUGGAUAGGAAAAGCUCUGGCUUCGUGUGGAUGAGUCCUAAGUAGAUCAUCUUCAGAUCCAGUAUUUUCAGAUCUGAUGCUGUCUCCUCAUCAAAUACGACACAAUAAUGCAUCAAGCUGUAAAAUAUCAUCUGGAUAAAUAUGUUCUAACCAGACAUUACAAGUGACAUGACAAAGAAACAUUAUCUAAAGUUUUCACAGUGAAUAAAGUUCAUUUUCAUCUUCAAAACCAGCAGAUUCAACUGAGAUUCAGAUCAACUCAAAGAAAGAGGUCCUCCCCAAAGAACCACGUUAAAAAGUUUUAUUCUUGUAUAUCAGUUUGUUUCAUGAUAUAAAUGAUAUAAUUGUGUUUUCUUAUGAGUUUCAUAUUAUGUUCAAUUGUCUUAUAAUGCAUAUGUAUCACUUGUAGACGCUUUUUACAAACUGUUCUUGUUCAACACUUUUAAAGAGAUUUAUUUUUAAUUUGUUCUUCACUUGUUUUCAAAAUGACUGAGUUAUUCUUCCAUGUAAGAUGUAUUUAGGAAACGCAGAUACAAAAUAUACCGUCAUGUAGCUUUGCAACUGAUCCUUCUGUGCUUCUCUUGUAAGUAGGAAUGAAUACCUGAACCUGGUAUUAAACGAGCUCUGGGCUAAAUUACAGAAGACUGUAGUAUCGAAAAGUGAAUGUUUAAGAGCACCUAUUAUGCAAAAUCCAAUUUUACAUGGUGUUUGUACAUAAAUGUUUGUUGGCAGUGUGUGAG